CCCGCGGGACGCGCGGGCGGAGCGGAGCCGCGGCCGGAGCCGCCGGAGCGGGGGCGGCCUGAGGGCGGGGGGGGACACGGCAGCCGCCGCCGCCAUGGAGGCGAAACCGGCGGACCCGCUGCUCUGCGACAGCCUCAUCCUCUGGCUACAGACAUUCAAUACAGCUGCACCCUGCAGGGAUGUCCAGGACUUGACUAACGGCGUUGCCAUGGCUCAGGUGCUUCACCAAAUAGAUGUUGCCUGGUUUGAUGCAGCUUGGCUCAGUCGCAUCAAAGAAGAUGUUGGUGACAACUGGAGAAUAAAGUCCAGUAAUUUGAAGAAGAUACUGCAAGGAAUUAUGGACUACUAUCAUGAGUUCCUGGGUCAGCAGAUUGCAGAAGAGCUUAUUCCAGACUUGACCCGGAUAUCUGAGAAUUCAGAUCCCACUGAACUGGGCAGACUCCUGCAGCUUAUUUUGGGUUGUGCAGUCAACUGUGAGAGGAAACAAGAACACAUACAGAAUAUCAUGACCCUUGAAGAGUCUGUUCAGCAUGUUGUCAUGACAGCCAUUCAAGAGCUCAUGAGCAAGGAAGUAACAAGUGCUUCCCCAUGUGAUGCAUCAAGUGAAGUGGAACAGCAGCUUAAAAAAGCCUUGGAAGACCUUCAAGAAGCUCGAGCAGAAAAAGAGGAGUUGGCACAAAGAUGUCAAGAGCUGGAUUUGCAGGUGGCUGCCCUCCAGGAUGAGAAAAACAGCUUGAUGUCAGAAAAUGAGAUUAUGAAUGACAGACUAGAGCAAUUAGACGACUCUCUUGAUGAUCCAAAUACCAUGGUUGCAAAAAAGUAUUUUAGUGCACAGUUGCAGCUGGAACAAUUGCAAGAAGAAAACUUCAGGCUUGAAGCUGCAAAAGAUGAUUAUCGUGCCCAUUGUGAAGAUCUAGAAAAGCAAUUGAUUGAGCUGCAGCACAGAAACAAUGAAUUGACCUCUCUGGCAGAAGAAUCGAGGGCCUUGAAAGAUGAGAAUGACAUUCUUAGGGCUACUGCAGACAAGGCAAGCAAGCUGGAGUCGACGGUGGAGGUGUAUCGGAAGAAGCUGCAGGACCUGAACGAUUUCCGCAGGCAGGUGAAGUCCCUGCAGGAGACCAACAUGAUGUACAUGCACAACACUGUCAGCCUGGAGGAUGAGCUCAGGAAAGCCAAUGCAGCACGAGCCCAGCUGGAAACCUACAAGAAACAGGUCCAGGAGCUUCAUAACAAGCUGUCUGAAGAAUCCAAAAGAGCUGACAAGCUGGCAUUUGAAAUGAAGCGACUCGAAGAAAAAUAUGAAGCUUUAAUGAAAGAAAAAGAGAGACUGAUAGUGCAGUGUGAUGCAUUAAGAGAGACAAAUGAGGAGCUCCGGUGUGCACAGAUGCAGCAGGAUCACCUGAGUCAAACAGGUGAAAAAAGCCAUGAGAAUCUUGCUGCUGAAAUUCUGCCAGUGGAAUAUAGGGAAAUGUUUAUUCGGCUGCAGCAUGAAAAUAAGAUGCUCCUGCUGAAACAGGAGGGAUCAGAAAAUGAACGGAUUGCUGAGCUCCAGGAAGAGCUGGAGCAGAAGCACCGGACAGUGAACGAGCUGGAAACUGAGAAAAGGCUCAAUGAAGAGCGUAUUGGAGGAUUACAGCAGCAGAUUGAAGAUCUGCAAAAGACUUUACAGGAGCAGGGAUCCAAGACUGAAGGAUCCAGCAACCUGAAGCAGAAAUUGGCAGCACACAUGGAAAAGCUGAAUGAGGUUCAUGAUGAGUUACAGAAGAAAGAGGCUGAUCUUGCAGAGCUCCAGCCUGAUGACAGUCAGAACCCCCAGAAGAUUGGAGAGCUGGAAGCAGCUUUACGAAAGAAAGACGAGGAUAUGAAAGCAAUGGAAGAAAGAUAUAAAAUGUACCUUGAAAAAGCAAGGAAUGUGAUAAAAACCUUAGACCCCAAGCUGAAUCCAGCAUCAGCAGAAAUUAUGUUGCUCAGAAAACAGAUUCUGGAAAAAGACAAAAGAAUUGAAGCACUAGAGAAUGAAUACAAAAUAGCCAAGCUACGCGACUAUGAGGAAAAGCUGAUUGUAACUGCAUGGUACAACAAGAGCCUGAGUCUGCAGAAGCUGGGCAUGGAAGCCAGGCUGGUGGGCAGCAGUGGCAGCUGCGGGGCCGGGCCCGGCCGCUCCUUCCUGGCGCAGCAGCGUCACGUCACCAACACCAGGAGGAACCUCACUGUUAAAGUACCAGGUGCAACAUCCGAUUAAACACGAGGACAUGAAGAAGACUCACGUGCUAAAGUGUCCUUAAAUGUUUUAUACCUUUCCACUUUACUUACUUGAUGAGAGAGGAGGUUAGAAUGCUGGGCAGCUGCAAGUGACAACAUCAGAGCCUGUCAGAAGGGAUUAAGGUGAUCAGCCAGAAGGUAGCAUGUAGAUUUCCAAGUAGAUCUAAUAACUGCAGCAUGUACAAGCACAACUUAAAAGAUUUCUAUUUGCCUUCAGAUUAUAUUGUAAAUAGGAAAUUUGGCACUAUAUAUUUAAAACUUUAUUUAAGUGGGUUUGGGCUAGGAAGUUGACUUUUAUAAUGGGAAGAUGUUAUGCAAAGGUGUACUUCAGGAAACUGGCAAUACUGGGCACUUUUGCUGGGCUCUUCUGAAAACAGAUCUAAAAGAUUGGUAACACCUUUUAAAAAAGACUUUUUUAGAGUAGAAAGUACAAUUUUAAAAGCAAGAAAGUACUUGCAUUUAUAGAAGAAGAAAAUAAAGGUGUGGUACCAGUUGUUAUGUAACAGAAGACAAAAUUUGUUUUAUGAGAAGCAGAAUUUCUCAGUUUAUUAAAAAAAAAAAAAAA